AUGGUCACAUUCGAGGGGAACGACGCAGCGGUCUCGGCUUCGAGCAUUCUGAUGGCAGACGCCGUUUUUGUCUCAUCGAUAGGGUCGUAUUCGUGUGUUGUCGAAGAAGGUUUCUUUGGUAAAUCAAGCGCCCUCAUUGAAAAUGAUCAAUUGAAUGUGUUGAUUAGUGCGAAGUGGAUUACUUCUUCAAAGCAGAGAAUUCAUCUGAAUAAUGUCCACUCACAAAAAGCUCUCUUAACAAUAUCGGCACCGAAAUCGAUACUGAAAUCGAUCACAUUCGAAGCAUGUCAACAAGGUAUACUGCUCAUUGGAAAACCGAACUAUGCGAGCGCCACUUCAGUGCAGUAUCAGAUUAAAUUGAACGUGAAUUCAGCAACGCUGUGGCGUGAAUUCUUGAAGGAGUGCAACAUUACAGUGACGAAUAAAGUGAUCGGACAGACGGAAACGAUAUCGGUGCAAAUUACACUGCAUGGCGAUGCUUCGAAAGCGAUCAUUAAUGCAUCUGAAAGUCUGCUGGAUUAUUUGGCUGGAUUGGCUGAAUACUCGAUGAUGAUCAUUGGUACUGUCGUAGUCACUCUCUUACUGAUCGCCGUCAUAAUCGCACAUCGAAAUGGUAUUCAGCUCUUCCCCUAUUUAUUUGGCAAUACAUUUGCGGCACAGUCGAGCAGUAGUGGUGUAUUUGCAUCUGAUAGGUCACCGCAUACACCAGGUAUUUUGAGAAUUGUUCAGUGGUCUUUAAGAAUCGUUCAUCGUAUAUGGAAUAUGUCAAUGUGUGUUUGA